GUUCCUUUUAUUCCUCAGCUAGUUAAGAAAUGCAGCCUUUGCUAUCUGAGUCAUUGCUCCACAUCCUGCCCGGCUUCUGCACUUCCUCUUUCAAGGCAAAGGCUCCUCAGCACGUUUGAAUCUCAGCACAUUCAGGCAGGAUACUGAGAGAUUCCACACAGGCAUGUCCGGGAGGGAGACCUUGAACCCAUGUCGUCAGCCUUGUGUUUAAACUCCAGAAAAUAUUUCCAGUUCCAGGGUCCUUUCUGGCCUAGAUCCCAAACAGACCGUUCCUUGCAGUGAAAGCAUACAGGUGCACUGUGGCUACAAGGCACUGCUGGACUGAUCACUGAAACCAGCUGGUUUUCCUGGUACCGUAACCCAGCCACCCAGCCACCAGAACUGCUGCCCACUGUAUGAUCACAGAGACAGAAGUAGCAGCUGGAGCGCCUGGUGAAGCUCGCAACGGGGAGGGAUUCCCAAGGGCCAGGAAAGCACAAAAAUGAAACUGGAGACUGGUCUCUGGAUGGUUGCCUGCUUACUGCUUGCAUCUUUACCCAGAGGUCAACCAGACACUACGUGCCAUGCAUUUGUUGGAGAAACUGUCAUUUUGCCUUGCACCACCACCUCUCCCAGAGAGCUGACCCUUUCCAAUUCAAUGCUCUACUGGCAGAUAGACUCUGUCGUGGUACAUUUUUUUCACAAUGGGAAAGAUUCACUGGCGUCCCAGGACAAACGUUACCAUGGCAGAACCAGUCUUUUUGGGGAUCAGGUGAAGCAUGGCAACUUUUCCUUAAAGCUCUCCAACGUCCAAUUACUGGACGCAGCUGAAUAUUCUUGCAUCUACAAACAAACUGGGGAUCAUCCCAGCAAAACACAGAAAUCUAAAAUUAAACUCAUUGUAUCAGCUCCAUCUAGCAUUGAGGAGGUACCUUCCCCUUCUGGAUACAGUCAGAUUUCCUCCAGAAGUUCUGCUGAUGCGCCAUGUCUGGCUGUGCUUCCCCUCUCUUUCUACCUCCUGGUCACACUAGGGGGUUGGCACUUUUAACUGGGGAAACCAACCUUCUCUUUGGGAAGUUCUCCUCGCCAGAGGACCUCACUGGGCGGAACAGCCCUGUAGGGUUAGCAUGACAACUGUUCCAGAGCCACGUGGAAGAAACACUGACAGAUGAAAACAGACCUAGCUCUAGGUGUUUAUGUCUUGCAUUUUGGUGUUCCACAAAACCAAAGGCAGCAAAACCCAGAGGUGGCAAGUCUGUUUUUUUCCAUUUCUUUCUUGGAGCCAUUUUAGUGCUGCCAGCACAAAUACUUCAUUUUGGAUUUUGUGGUUUUGCUUUAACAACAGGAUGAAAGACUCACAAAACUUCAAGGUCAUAUUAUAAUUGACCCUAGUGAGAUCUUUUGCCUAAGAUCUCACCUGCUGUCCUUCAACAGGUGAAGGACAGGAGGUGAAGAAGGGGCAAUUACCUUCUCUGUCAGAUGAAAACUGGAAGUAGGAAGACGUGUGCAUUUUGUGAAAUGCAAGGAUGGAAACCUUGUGAAACUUGAGCCUGCAGAACUUUAGCUUCUGUUUUUACUCUUAAGUGUCAUCAGCUAUCAGUAACAACUUCUUUUCCACUAGAAACGUAGUAUUUUUUCAGCGGAAGUGUGAAGCUGACUGAGAAAGAUGAUGGAAAUCCAUAAAACAUCAACAUAGAGGAAGGAAGUGAUGUAUUAUUACAAAAUACACUUCUAAGUAAGACAGAGGCUUCAGAAGGCUCAAUUCAGUGUUUUCUCUUUUUGUCAUGAAACACAACAAGGUAAAUGUGAUCAUCACACAAAAGGUGGAUUCUUAAGCUAGAACUGCAUGAUAGCUAAUUGUUACUGUGACAAUGUUACUUCUUUAAAAACAGCACCUUUGGAGGAAAAAGAAUUAAAACCAUGUCAGAAUAAUUGUAACUGAUACCUAUGCAAAUUAAACGGGUUUAGUUCUGAAAAUGUUUGAUAGAGGUAGCACAGAUGCCCUGUGUAAAACUAAGAUUGAAAGGAUCCUGUAUACCAAACAUACAGAAGUACGGAACUUUUGUUUCUGGCCAGAGCUGCUGCAGCCACCCUGUUAAAGAACUGAGAAGCCUCUGGAGAACUGUGUCCACAUUGUAUCAUCCAGGCUGGUGAACAGCGGUGGCUGCAACCCACUGCUUCUGGCUGAGCCCUCAAGCAGGGGGAAGUGACUCAUAAAGACACACAUAAAGUCAUUUUGAUUGGGAACAGUUCCACCCUCUUUCCAAAGGAAAGACAGGAUUGUUUUUGCAAGGAUGGGAACAGAAUAAAAUAGAGCUUAAAAUGGUAUCCAUUGAGGUAAAGGAGAUAGUUACCUUUAUUUUUCUUCAUAAAGGGCCUUUUCCCCAUGGUGGGGAAGAGACAAAAUCCUGUGCACAGCCUGUGCUGCUGCUGCAGUGAAGUUCAUUUGGUACUUAACGCUACUCUGGGUACAGAGCAGCUUAGCAGAACAGCUGGGAUCCCACUUCACAGAAAGACUCGAAUGUAAGAAUUGUGCAUACUGGGAUUGUCUUGUGUCCUGCCCUCCAAAUAUUUGUCUCAAAUUCCAUGUAUUUUUUUCAAAACAAAAGUUGAUAAAAAAUAAAAACCUAAAAAAAAAUCCAAAGCCCACCCUGAUGAGAACAAUCA